UUUUGAAAUUCGCACUGGCGAUAGGUUCGAACUGUAGGUUUAUGUGGUGACAUAACGGUUGAGGUCAUUUUUCUUACAUGCUCCAGGCUCAUAAUGAGCGACAAGAAGUCAUUUUCGUGUUUCUUGGUGGACAGUGGAGUGGAGUGGACCCUCGUCCUUCAAACAGCAUUGAUGAUAUAGGUCGCUGACUACGAGUGGUAAACUACAUUACAAUGUCCGUCCAAAGCACAUAAUGCAGGAAGUGAGUGGUCCCGUUACGAAAAGGAAAGAGUGGGGCCGAUGGUAGCCGCCAGUUCGUUCCAAAAGAUCACAAGGAGCCAGCCACUACCUUCCCUUCGCUGUCAGGGGCGUACCAAACUUGAUAAGUUCCCACCACCUCCUCCUUCCCAAUGCAUUCCCGAAUCAAUUCAUGUACUUUUUCCGCGUACAAUCUUGAUAGAGUUGGGCAGCCGGCUCCUUUGUGGGCCCUAGCUGACCACCAACAGCAGGUAUAUAUGGUAACAGGGCGUUCGAAUCCAAUGGACAUUGUAUAUGACGACCUCCGGUAUCCCACUGUAUCAAUCACCUUCGCAUUGCCCAAGACCUGUUCUAAGUUUGCAAAAAUUGGUGUAAAGGACUGCGACAAGUCGCAAACUUAGAGAAGAAGAAGACACCAAGUAAUACAGCAAGAAGGAGGCGAAUACCCCAUCAGGUACAUGGAAGAAUCCAUCGGGUAGCAUGUGGCUACCCCCAAUAACUAUGCCAUGGUAAAUAUUUCAUGCUCAUCUCAGAUAUCCCAACUGCCUAUAAAAUCCCCAGAUAGACCAUAGGGGGAUCCUAGAAAGUAUCACCUAUAGAGAUUGUCCCAUGUUGAAUUCACAAUUAAUACUAUAUAAAGAGUCUAUAGAAGAAAGAAAAGAGCAAUACAGAGAGUUGUAUUUGAACUUGUCCAAAAUGAUAGUAUUUUGGGCAAGCUCUCUCGCAAAGGUGUCGCAUUCUUACUCUUUUUGAAAUCAAGAUCAACCAUGACAACAGUCAAGUGAGACCUACCCAUGUAGGACGAUGGUUGAUCAAUCACUCCGAAACAAGAGUCUGAUAUAUCUUGUCACCACAACAUAUGCUAUGGUAACAUGUACUUGGAAUCCAAAUGCAAAGUUACCUUACCCUACCUUCUCCGAUGCAUAACACCCCCUCCAUAUGAGUUACUUGGAAUCACUUUCAAGUGAACCUGGUCUAUCUUGCAAGAUUCUCAAACUUUGAUCAAACAUUUUGGUUCAAGAGCUCUCCCUAGCAUAUACUAUCAUCCACACUACAACUUUUCCCCCCAAGAAGUAAGUUUUUCUUAUUCUGUGUGUCCUGCAUUAGUUUCACAUCCACGAUAAUCUUAGGUACACCUUACUGAUGUGAAAAACUUUGUAAAUGGCCAGCUAAUUACCGAGGAAAGGAGUAAGACGACAGUUUUUGCUUCAGCAUGUACCCAUGACUACUGGCGUUAGAAUCGGAGAAACUCCCUUCGAUUUACUUAUUUGCACUGUUUUGAUGUACCCAUUAACUACAUGUUCAUACUAUUUAUGGUGAAAGGUUGACGUAGCUAAUUUAGUAAGUCUUUGGAAACUCUGUUACUAAAAUUAUAUGUUCACGAAAACCUUAUUUUGCCACCUAUUUUUUCGUUGAGGCAAGUCAUCACACUUCAGGCAAAGAAGUUUUGAGGUGAUUGUUGUCGAUUAGAGAAGUAACUCAAGCUUUUCGGGUCUUUGACCCCGCUGGUGAUUUCUUGUUCAAGGUAAAUGGAUACCAGGACUCAGGAGGUAAGUGCGAAAAUCAAUCUGACCGGUAGUAGACAGGAUUUGAGUCGAAUGGUGGGAAGACAAGCAUGAGCUCUGUGAGUCACUCUCUUACUACUCUCCCUACUGCGCCCGUCCAUACUUUGCGAAAGACCACAGAAUCUAAAAUCCAUUCUCAUGUUGAUUAUCAAAUGUAUUCACAUAUAUUUGAGUCCACCAUUGUCUUUCUUACAUAUGUACCACUGAGGAGUGCAGAAUCGGUAAACAAAGUACAAAUCUCACGGAACACACCUUGAAUUCCGAUCAUUUCUGUUUCCACAUCCAUGUGCCCUCUUCGAUUGUGUUUGUCAGCGUCUGUCAUUGAGGAAUAGAUAGUCUCCGCGCAUAACAGGUCUGGCAGAGUAAACUGCUUGAUGACUAUCGGCAUGUCUGCAAUUUGCACGAUAUGCCAGUGUUCCUAUUACAAUUGUGUGCUCGUUAAUUGUGUAGGUUCGAGUUGCUCGGGUACUCUUACUGUAGUGUACAAGUUCGUGUAAGUGGAACUGUGAUGGUACGACUUUCAGUGGACACAUUCUGCAUCGUAAUAAAUGUAGGGAACGUCCACUAAUACAUAGUCAACUUCUGCUAGCUACAGUAAAUAGUCCCCUUAUCUCUAGGUAACUACUCCCUCCACUCCAUGUACUUCCACGGGCUCCCUCCUGCACUAUGGUCGACACGUGCAUGCCAAGGCUACGCGUCGUUCAAUCAGUGCACCUAAACUUAACAAGUACACUUGUCGAAAGAAGAAGAUCUUAAAUCUAUCUGGACUGUAAAUGAAACGACACCUGUCCCGUCAGUCCGCCCUCACGAUCACACUUCCUAAUUAUAAGCAAGAGCACGAAGAAUUCACGACCCUUAUAGACUCUUACAGAAAUCUUUAAAGCAAUCAACAUCUUUCACCCCUGUGAAACUUGUCUCUUGCUGUGAAAAUUUGCACUGGUUCUCAAUUCCAGUUUUGUCUUCCACCUUAGUUCCUCCUUUAGACAUUAGAAUUUCUCUGCGCAUCAAGGAUCUGUGACGAGUUUGAAUUGGUAGAAUUUCAUCGUCAGUUCUGAAUCAUAGAAUGGCGGACAACCAGAGUACGGAUGACGGUGCUGCUCAAAGAGUGAAUGAGACCGGUCAUCAGACUGCUGAUUUGAUGGAUGCGAAGGCCCAGCAAGGAAAAGGACUUUUGCAGUCAGUUGGAGACACAGUGACUGGCUACACACUCUCGGCCAAGAAUGCUGUCGUUGGUAAGGGCAGUCAAGAUGCUCAGAGUGCAAGUGAGUCAGGUAACGAGGGACUGCAUCAGGCUCAGAGAGGAGUGGAGAGUAUGAACCUCGGUGAAAAGGCUGACCACGGUGCGCAGAAAAGUAAAUCGUUUCUUCAGUCCGUUGGAGACAGCGUGGUUCAGACGGGCAUCUCAGUCAAAGACGCAGUAGUGGGGAAAUCACAGCAAGCUGCGAAUGCCGCUGGGACAAAGAAAGAAGAUGCUGAACACGAUGCUGGCAAAGCUUUGGAUAGCUCCAAGGGCUAUCUGCAGUCCGUCGGAGAGAGUGUGGUUCAGACGGGCAUCUCGGUGAAAGAUGCAGUAGUGGGGAAAUCACAGCAAGCUGCGAAUACCGCUGGUACAAAGAAAGAAGAUGCUGAACACGAUGCUGGCAAAGCUUUGGAUAGUUCCAAGGGCUAUCUGCAGUCCAUUGGAGACAGCGUAGUUCAGACGGGCAUCUCAGUGAAAGAUGCAGUAGUAGGUAAAUCACAGCAAGCUGCGAAUACCGCUGGUACAAAGAAAGAAGAUGCUGAACACACUGCAGGCAAAGCUUUGGACAGCUCCAAGGGCUAUCUGCAGCAGUUGGGUGAUCAAGUGGUGUUAUUGAAGGACAGGGUUGUGGGCAGCGGAUCGCAACAAACCUCUGCUGCCCAAGAAAAACUCGGAGAAGCUGAGGUCUCCACCGGUCAGACGUUGCACUCGGGUGCCGAUCAGAGCAAGCGCCUGCUUGAAUCCGUGGGAAAAAAAGCCGCAGUGUAUGUCCAAACGGCCAAGGAUUACAUGGUCUCGACGGGGUCAUCUGCUCAGAACAAGAGCGCGAAUGUGGCAGAGGAAACCAAAAAUCAGACUGGAAGAGUGUUGCAGUCGGUAGGUGAUUCAACAGCAAAGACCUUAACUACUGCAAAGGACUACGUAGUCUCUACAGGAGUGUCGGCACGUGAGGCCACAGCCGGUAUGUUGAAGACUGCACAGCUGAAGACCGGAGAAACGACUGAGGCAGUUGGCAACAAAGUGGUGGACACCACAUACUCCACCAAGGACGCCGUGGUGAAUGCCGCGAGCAGAGCGUAUACAUACGCUGCUGAUUCUACCAGUGCGGCGUACCAAAACGCUGUGAGUGCUAUGAACUCCGGAAAGCAAACCACCGCAGACUCAGCCAACUCGGCGCACCAAACCACAAGUGACCAUCUCAAGUCUGCCAAGGACAGCAUCUCUGGAACUGCAGUGUCAGCCAAGGACACCGCCGCCGACCGAGCCACCGCCGCUAAGGAUCACAUCGUAGAUACAGCUGUGUCUGCCAGAGACACCACCGCCAAUGCUAUCAGUUCAGGGCAGCAACAAGCUGGUGAGACUAUCAAUUCUGCACAGGAAUCCGUAUCUGAUACAACCAACUCGGCGAAAGAAACCGUUGAGGACACCGCCAACAGCGCAAAGAGAGACGUCCCCAGUACUAGAUCAUCUUACUAAGCUUCAUCAUCAUUCUUUAGAAAGAAAACUGUAGAUUCUAAAAGGUUGCAACUGACCACGUGCUGUAAAAUAAAUAUUUUAAUUGCUCUGCUAACUGUAGGAUAGAAACCCAACCAACUUUGCAAUGUUGGUACAUAAAGCAACACUAUGUACAUUCUGGUCUAACACCAUUCAUCGCGCGCUGUUGCGCCAUUUGCUGCGCUUCCAGUAUCCGUGCUGUAAUUCGCUUUCAAUCGCACCUUCUCUUGUCUCUGGUAUGUUUUCGAUAUGAUUGAACGCAAUGCUGUACAAGCUAUGUGUGAACGAAAGAUUCCUGAUGCACCCCUUCUGCUGUCGAGAUUGGGAAGGCAGAAGCCCUGUGGACUGGAAAAAAAUUCCUUCAAAUUUGUGUAGUCAGUGCGAAGGAAACGUCAUCACCACAGAUCAAUACUUUUUCAACUUAUAGUAGUACCGAUUCUUUGAUGUAGACCAAAGUUUGAAAGCUAAGCAAGCUCUUUUCUGUACUCUUUUCGAACUACUUACACAACUCAACUCAGAUUUGAAAACAUUGUGCGCGUCAGCAGGAUUUAUGUUCCUUAUCUACUGUCCAGUAAAUUUUCUCUUAAUGUAUUUUUGGAACUAAUGUGAAUUCAAUAGGUAGCGCCUGGACCUCCUGUUCCUACUCUGAAGUCAAUAGACAGUUCGCUGAAAGCGUCUGAACCUGCAGUUCUAACCCUAAAGUCAAUUAAUAGCUGAAAGCGCAGGCACUUCACAGGAAAAUAUGAGCUCUUUAAUGUGGGAUCUGUACGUAUGUUAUCUUACCCUUGCAAUGGAACGUAUUCUCAUAGCUGUUCUUAAAUCAAUUAAGUAUGAAUUGUGCUAGAUUUGAUCAAUUUUGUUUUUCGAAAGUUCAUAACUUAGAAAAGAAUCGUUUACAUGAAGAAUAUCAAAUUUUACUGAGAAACUAUGCGGACCGAGGAGUUAAUAAAAAAGACUCCAGGAAUACAGGCGAGCACAGAUGGUAGCUAGAUGUAAGUCCCUGACACUGAUGCAAUCAAUAGUGUUCAUUGAGAAGAAACCGUUCGCACCAUAUUAUCUUUUAACAUGCUGGGAUCGGGUAAUACGAGCUGUAGUAUCAUGCCUGCAUGUGGUAAAUAUACAUCGUGGGGCUGAAGGGCCAGCGGCUUGUGAAUCUUCUCUCAGUGUUUCUCCUACCAAUUCCAUGCUACCACAUUCAAAAUCCAUGACCUCGGAGGACUCUACUCGUGUGCAAGAGGAGGCAAAGUACACAGGACGAGAAAAUUAUGAUUGACCACUGAACCUGCGCUGAGGGGCGGGACAGCACCCGAGAUAUGAUACUUUCUGGUAUGGUAUGGCGGUGGAUUCCUGAGCAAUAGAGAAUGAUGAAACAGUUGUUGUUGAGAUUGAAGAAACAAUUUCGUCAUGGUCUCUUGCCGUAUCUGUAUACUUUAUGGUCAGCUCGUACCAACGGGGAGCGGGCAAAAGCCAUGUGGAGGGUUUUAUCCUCGAUGAUAAAGUUUCGAGAUUCUAAACUCAGGACAUUUCAUCAAGUCCCCAGCAAGACGAUCCUGCCUUCUUUCCGCUAAUAGCAAGUCUCGCCCACGUUCACAAAAUCGAAAUGUCUGAUUUACUCGAAGUUUCUUCAAGAGGGAGGCCGUUGAUUCAUCACCUGUCCAGAAAGGUCCGAGCAUUUGUCUGCCUUAAUCUCCUGAAGGAAAUAGACCGUUCUAUGCAAAACAGUCACUUUCCGUCUGCCAUGAUCUUCCAGCUGUAAGUCCGAUGCCCAUGAAGAAGCUCCAUGUUGUCAAAUCGGGACCAGUUAAUCAGUUUGUUCAGGUUGCAUCCUCGUCCUAGAGGCUGCUGAUCUCAGCAUAUACAUUAUAUGUACAUACAUACAGAACUUGGACCUUUGCAGUAGCUGUUAUAUCAUCUUCCUCACAUGGCUAAGAAGAAAACUGUAAUAAUCUUCAUAAUCAUAUUCAUCCAGAGCCCAAACACCAGCAGAAACGUGAACUCGUAGGGAUACAUUUACAGAUCAUAUAGUGCUGGUUCCAUAUGCAUUUAGUGCAUUGAGUAGUGAGUACAGAUUCUUGUCAACUCUCCGCUUCAUUCUACAGUACUGUUGCUUUCUUUGUUUUGCGUGUAAUCUCAAUGGGAGUGGAAAACUUGGGUUGAACUUAUAGAUCACUGGCAUGCUGUUUUAUCGGGUUUUCGACAUGACUGUCGUGUUUGGAGCUUUGCUUCCAAAGUUAAGCAAGUUUUUUCUCACCAAUAUGAGGAGUAAUCUAGACCUUCGAACAUUGUACAUGUCAAAGGCUGUUUAUGACAACGGUAUCACCGUC